AUGGAGGCGCGGCGGUAUGGCGGGCCGGCGGCGAUGGCGGCGGGGCUGGUGGACGGGGUGGGUGGUUUGGAGGCGGCGUUGGGGUUGGUGCGGGAGAGGGGUUUGGCGAAGAAGGCCGCGACGGGGAUCUAUGGGCUGAUGAAGGCGGAGAUGUAUCGGGAGAGUGUGGCGCUGUUGGGGAGGGAGGGACAUGAGGAGGGGGAGGUCAGGGAUCGGGUGUUGGUGGAGGGGGAGGAGAGACGGAGGGGGGAGGGGGAGAGGAGGGUGGCGGAGUUGAAGGCGAAGUUGUAG